AAGCCCACGAGCACCGCCCCUUUCACUCAACUCAAAUUGUAUUCCCCCCCCCCCCCCUCCCCCUCUAGAAAGACGAGUUCCAAAAUGCAGACUCUCGCCGUACUACUGGCGGUGCUAUUCUGCGCCACCUGCCACUCCGCCGUAGCAUUCAUCGACGGGUUAUUACCGAAUGGCGACUUCGAGCACGGCCCCAAGCAAUCGGACAUGAACGGGACGGUGGUGCUGAGACACAACGCCGUGCCGAUGUGGGAGAUCUCCGGCUUCGUCGAGUACAUAAAAUCCGGCCAGAAGCAAGGCGACAUGCUCCUGGUGGUGCCGGAGGGCGCCUUCGCCGUCCGGCUGGGGAACGAGGCGUCGAUCAAGCAGAGAGUGAAUGUCACCAGAGGAAUGUACUACUCGCUCUCGUUCUGCGCCGCUCGCACCUGCGCGCAGGAGGAGCGGCUGAACGUGUCUGUGGCACCGGACUCCGGCGUCCUGCCGAUGCAGACUCUGUAUAGCAGCAACGGAUGGGACUGCUACGCCUGGGCGUUCCAGGCCGAGCGCGAUGUGGCGGAGAUCGUCAUCCACAAUCCCGGCGUUGAGGAGGAUCCGGCUUGCGGACCGCUCAUUGAUUCGGUUGCCAUUCGAGCUCUGUAUCCUCCAAGAGCAACGAACAAAAAUUUGCUGAAAAACGGGGAUUUCGAAGAAGGACCAUACGUCUUCGCGAACACCUCCUGCGGAGUGCUAAUCCCGCCGAACAUCGAGGACGACCACUCUCCCCUGCCGGGGUGGAUGAUCGAGUCGCUGAAAGCUGUCAAGUACAUCGACGCCGCCCACUUCUCCAUCCCUCAAGGGAGGCGCGCCGUGGAGCUGGUGGCCGGAAAAGAAAGCGCCAUAGCCCAGGUGGCGCGCACCAUUCCGGGCAAGACCUACGAGCUGUUCUUCUCGGUGGGCGACGCCAGCAACUCCUGCGAGGGAUCCAUGGUGAUCGAAGCCUUCGCCGGCAAGGACACCAUCAAGGUGCCUUACGAGUCGAAAGGCAAAGGCGGGUACAAGAGGGCGGUGCUUAGGUUCGUGGCGACAGGGCCAAGAACCAGGAUCAUGUUCUUCAGCACGUUCUACACCAUGAGAAGCGACGAUUACUCCUCCCUCUGCGGGCCUGUUUUAGACGAUGUCAAGCUGUUGAGUGUUCGUAGGCCCAGGAAGAUGUGAAUCAUUUAAAGUAUACUUUGUCAGUCACUGCUGAUCAUAAUCAUGAAUCUUGAUGAGUUAUACUAAGAAUCAAUGUCUGUCUGUCUGUCUCUGUUUAAUUUCUUAUUUGCAAGGGGAUCGAGAAGCCCAGGCGGCUUUUGAUGAUAUAUAUAUAUAUUGAGCUCCUACA